CAUGCGCUCACUUCCGCGCUCCGCCCCCUCCCCCCCGCUAUCCCUGUCGCCCAGGGUAACGGCUUUGGGGUGGGAAGGGGGCUGCGAACAACCGCAGCAGCGGAGCGGCCUGUGCAGCUCCAUCUCUCCGCCCCCCGGGACCGACAGCUUUAAAGGGUAGAACCUUGGGGCACUGGGAUCAUGAUGAACUCCUCCAAGAAGAAUGAACUAGAUUUAGAAAAAAGCAUUACCAAUAAGAAAGCAGAAGAAAGCAAGUGGCAAUGUAUCUACCCAAAUGAGAGGAGAGAGAGGAAUCACGUUUAUACUCUUCUUGACAUCAGUGAGAAUGUAUUUGAACAAGAUGAAAGAUCCUUGGAAUAUGUCAUCAGGACAGGAUGGGAAGAAGCUGUGCAAGGCUGGGGUAAAGCUGCUCCAUUUGCCUGCCUUCAGUUGCAAAAGCAAGCCAAGAAAUCAAGGGCAAAUGAAACCAUCAACAGUUGCCUGUUUUGCUUAGAUAUGAGGCAAAAUAAUGACAAAAGUGUGAGCCAAGAAACCAAGACUACAAGAGAUCAAUCAAAAUCUGAUUGCAAAUUAAGCACAUGUGCUAUAGAUGAUACCAUUUCAGAAAAGAAAGCGGUUCCAAUCCAUUCUAAUGAGUCUUCCAAUUGUUCUACAACAGAUGGAACUAAGAGAGAAAAUUUUAAUGGCAAGUUACGCUCUAUUCAGACAUUUCAAGGUGAAAAGAAAAGUUUGCCAGUAAAGGAAUACAGCGUAUGGCAAUCAGAAAAAAUGAAAAACCCAGAAACUCUAAAAAGUAAAGCUGUAAAGACCCCUGAGCCUACCGUGCGUGCUCCAGAUAGCUCUGAAUCUUCAAACUUAAAGUCUUUGCUGGUAUUGCCACCAGUGAAAGAUGCAACUCCAAAAGAUAGCGCAGAGCUUUCUUUUAAGAAGAGUAUAGCAGCUAUUUCCCAGGCAAAUCAGAAAAUGCUCAAUGCUACUUCAGAUGAGACUGCUUCCGUUAGUAAGGGUACUAAAACAAUAGAACAAAAGGCGGGAAAAGAAACUGACUGUAUCAUUCAUGAUACAUUGAAGGAGAAACAAAUUCACGAACCAUCAUCCUUUGUCUCAAGGCUUCCAAAAGCAUUCCUGCAAGGAGGCCCUGAGCAGUUACACUGGCCCUGUGCUCUUUGGCCAGACAGAAAAAUUACAACCACUUCUAAUUCUGUUUCUUUGAGAAAGAACAGUCAUGUUGCUAACAUGCAGUUUCUGCAUACAAAAGGAAUACAGUACACCAAACAUGAUGAGAUCAGAGGUCCUUUCACCAACAGUAUUAAAAACAGAAGUCUCUCGGAGGCCAAGCAAGGAAAUGAAUCAAACACACAGGCGGUGCAACUGCUUCCUGGACUAUUCCCUUCCUUAACGGUAAAAGGCUGGGGUAAAGAUGCUCCCUUCACCUGCUACCAAGUACAAAAUAAGUCUAAAAAACCAAAGACAAAGGAAACAGUCACUCAUUUACCUCACAUAUAUAUAUAGCACCAUCUACCAAAAAAGAAUUGGCCCAGGCAACCAAGUCUACAAAAGAUCGAUCAAAACCUAAUUGCAAAUUAACCACACAUGCUGUAAGAGAGACAGUUUCAGGAAAAGAAAAGGUUCCAAUGUGUUGCAAACAAUCUCUCAAUUGUGCCCCUAUGACCAAUAGCAUAAAAGGAGAAAGGAGUAAUGACAAAUUGCAUGCUACUCAGGCUUUUCAAGGUGAAAAGAGUACCAAGAACUUGCCAGGAAACAAGUACAACAAAAGGCAACUGGAAAAGCUCAUAAACAAAGUCCUGAAAUGUAAAUAUAUGAGCCUGCCACAUGUAAGCCAUGGUAAUCUCCAUGAAAACCUGAGAUGUACGACCUUAAAGACAUUAGUGGUUCUGCUUCAACUGAAAAAAACAGCUCCCUGUUUGCAUCUAGAGCCUUUUUUAAAGACGAGUAAAGCAAUUUCCAUCCAGGGAAAUGAGAAAAAUCUCAAUACUGCUGCAACUGAAACUGUUUCCUGUAUCUUAGUACUAAAACAAAGCAAGACGGUGAAAAGUGACUUGUUGACAGCAUGAACAAUGCAGAGAUGGAUCAAAUAAAAUCAAUACACUUACCAUUUUUUGGUCCCUCACUUCCAAAUGUUUCAUUCUUUGAGAGAUUGCAUGUCUCCUUUCCACAGUAGAUGUUUGGGUGCUCCGGUGCACAGUUGGAGAUUUUACCCUGAGCACAACCCA